CCGGCCACGCUUCUAAUGCACCAACAGCUCAGGGGCGCGGCCACCCCGCCCGCACCGCGCACCUGCACCUGCGCCCGCGGCCUCCACGCCCGGACCGGACACCUGCACCUGCGGCCUCCAAGCCCGGACCGGACACCUGCACUUGCACCUGAGGCCUCCGCGGCCGCACCGCGCACCUGCACCUGCGCCCGCCGCGUCCACACCGCACACCUGCACCUGCGGCCUCUGCGCCCAGACCUCACACCUGCACCCGCGCCCGCCGCGUCCACACCGCGCACCUGCACCCGCGGCCUCCGCGCCCGGACCGCGCACCUGCACCCGUGGUCUCCGCGGGCCAGGGCCGGGUGUCGGGGGCUCCUGCGGGCACGGGGGCAGCGGCCUCCUCGGGGCUCCGCGGGGACACAGUGGGGCACGCCGUCUGCGGAGACGAGCGGGCGGACGGGAAGCGCCCCCGCCCCCGGCCCGCCGGCCCCCGCGCUCGCGCCCCGCCCCCGCCCCGCCGCGGGCCUCCGGGAGCUCGGCGGGCCCUAUGAGGGGCGCACGGGCGGGCGCGGCCCCUCUCGCGGAACAGGGCUGCUUCACGGGCCGCUCGGCGGCGCGCGGCUCCCCGCCCGGACGGACGCCCGACCCCGCCGGCGGCUCCCGCGGCGUGCGCGCGCCCCGUGCCGCUCGCCGGGACGGCCGCGGAGCCGGAGCCGGAGCCGGAACCGGAGCCGCCGGGGACACGCGCGAGGGAGGCGCCCGGCCCGCCGCGACCGCCGCUCCCACCUUCCGCCGCCGCCUAGAACGAAGCCGGACGGCGGGGGUCACGGCGGGGGUCAGAGGGUAAAGGUCCUGCUCCCAGCAGCCUCCGCGGUGGAUACGUCGCCAUCUUGGAUCCGCGGGACAAGAAAAUUCAUGCGUACUGUGAGGACAGGACACGACUCUAUGGUGAGGACUGAUGGACAUACAUUAUCUGAGAAAAGAAACUACCAGGUGACAAACAGCAUGUUUGGUGCUUCAAGAAAGAAGUUUGUAGAGGGAGUCGACAGUGACUACCAUGACGAAAACAUGUACUACAGCCAGUCGUCUGUGUUUCCACAUCGGUCAGAGAAAGACAUGCUGGCAUCACCAUCUACAUCAGGUCAGCUGUCUCAGUUUGGGGCAAGUUUAUACGGGCAACAAAGUGCACUAGGCCUUCCAAUGAGGGGGAUGAGCAACAAUACCCCUCAGUUAAAUCGCAGCUUAUCACAAGGCACUCAGUUACCGAGCCACGUCACGCCAACAACAGGGGUACCAACAAUGUCACUUCACACGCCUCCAUCUCCAAGCAGGGGUAUUUUGCCUAUGAAUCCUAGGAAUAUGAUGAACCACUCCCAGGUUGGUCAGGGCAUUGGAAUUCCUAGCAGGACAAAUAGCAUGAGCAGUUCAGGGUUAGGUAGCCCCAGCAGAAGCUCGCCAAGCAUAAUAUGUAUGCCAAAGCAGCAGCCUUCUCGACAGCCUUUUACUGUGAACAGUAUGUCUGGAUUUGGAAUGAACAGGAAUCAGGCAUUUGGAAUGAAUAACUCCUUAUCAAGUAACAUUUUUAAUGGAACAGAUGGAAGCGAAAAUGUGACAGGAUUGGACCUCUCAGAUUUUCCAGCAUUAGCAGACCGAAACAGAAGGGAAGGCAGUGGUAACCCAACUCCAUUAAUAAACCCCUUGGCUGGAAGAGCUCCUUACGUUGGAAUGGUAACAAAACCAGCAAAUGAGCAAUCCCAGGACUUCUCAAUACACAACGAAGAUUUUCCAGCAUUACCUGGUUCCAGCUAUAAAGAUCCAACAUCAAGUAAUGAUGACAGUAAAUCAAAUUUGAAUACAUCUGGCAAGACAACUUCAAGUACAGAUGGACCCAAAUUCCCUGGAGAUAAAAGUUCAACAACACAAAAUAAUAACCAGCAGAAAAAAGGGAUCCAGGUGUUACCUGAUGGUCGGGUUACUAAUAUUCCUCAGGGAAUGGUGACGGACCAGUUUGGGAUGAUUGGCCUCUUAACGUUUAUCAGGGCAGCAGAGACAGACCCGGGAAUGGUACAUCUUGCGUUAGGAAGUGACUUAACAACAUUAGGCCUCAAUCUGAACUCUCCUGAAAAUCUCUACCCUAAAUUUGCAUCACCCUGGGCGUCUUCACCUUGUCGACCUCAAGACAUAGACUUCCAUGUUCCAUCUGAGUACUUAACGAACAUUCACAUUAGGGAUAAGCUGGCUGCAAUAAAACUUGCCCGAUACGGAGAAGACCUUCUCUUCUAUCUCUAUUACAUGAAUGGAGGAGACGUAUUACAACUUUUAGCUGCAGUAGAGCUUUUUAACCGUGAUUGGAGAUACCACAAAGAAGAACGAGUAUGGAUUACCAGGGCACCAGGCAUGGAGCCAACAAUGAAAACCAAUACAUAUGAGAGGGGAACAUAUUACUUCUUUGACUGUCUUAACUGGAGGAAAGUAGCUAAGGAGUUCCAUCUGGAAUACGACAAACUGGAAGAGCGGCCUCACCUGCCAUCCGCCUUCAACUACAACCCUGCUCAGCAGGCCUUCUGAGCGGCCCUCGGGCGCAGCCACCCCGGCACCAUGCUCCGCGGACUGCAGGGCAGAGGGGCUCGGGCGCCCCGGCUUUAGCUCCUUGAGGAUCUGGCAAUUGGCUUACACAAAGGGUCACCAUUUGAGGUCCUGCCUUACUGAUUAUGUGCUGCCCAACAACUAAAUUUGUCAUUUGUUUUUCUCUAGUUCGAGCAGGGUCUGGAUUUUUUCAUUUAUUUUCUUUUUUUUGCCAGCAGACAGACUUGGGUCUGUAAAGACAAGCAAGUACACUGACAGAAGUUUACCAUUUAGUUUCUAAAAUGUAAAAAAAAAAAAACCCACAACAAAAGACUCAACAAAAUUAGACCACAAAAUUUGCAUUGUUCAUUGUAGCACUAUUGGUAAUAAAAUAACAAAUGUUUGUGCAUUUUUAUGUGAAGAUCCUUCUCGUAUUUCAUUUGGAAAGAUGAGCAAGGUCUGCUUCCUUCAUUUUACUUCCCCUUCUGGUUUUGAAAGGCAGUUUCGCCAAGCUUAGUGCAAGAGUAUCUGACUGUUUAGAAGAAAGAUAUUGCCACAAUCUCUGGUUGCUUUCCAGGGUUGUGUUAUUACUGAGCUUCAUCUUUCCAGAAUGAGCAAAACACUGUCCAGUCUUUGUUACGAUUUUGUAAUAAAUGUGUACAUUUUUUUUAAAUUUUUGGACAUCACAUGAAUAAAGGUAUGUAUGUACGAAUGUGUAUAUAUUAUAUAUAUGACAUCUAUUUUGGAAAAUGUUUGCCCUGCUGUACCUCAUUUUUAGGAGGUGUGCAUGGAUGCAAUAUAUGAAAAUGGGACAUUCUGGAACUGCUGGUCAGGGGACUUUGUCGCCCUGUGCACUGAAGGGCCAGAUUUUCAGCAGCCAAGGACAUCAUACCCAAGUGAAUGUGAUGGGACUUACAGAAGUGAGCUGAGGCAGUUCACUCUGGCUGUUUGAACAGCAGCGUUUCAUAGGAAGAGAAAAAGAUCAAUCUUGUAUUUUCUGACCACAUAAAGGCUUCUUCUCUUUGUAAUAAAGUAGAAAAGCUCUCCUCACUACA